AUUAACAGUUCAAAAAUAAAAAGUCACAUUGUCAACAAGAUGAUACAAAACAGAAACUUUUGAAAUCUUUUUUCUGUCUGUUUUGAUAGAUCUGCUAUGAGCAACAAUCAAGAACCAGAAAACUAUGCCAUAGUUGCAAAACAGUAUGAAGAAGCAUGCAGUGAUUUCCAAAUCCCGGCUACAAGAGCAGCUGCAGAACAGAUUCUAAAUCAAUUUCGUCAAAUACCUAAUGUUCUACCCAUCUGUCAAUAUAUUCUCGAGCAUACACAAUCACCCAUGGUUCAGUUUCAAGUCACCUUGGCCAUUGGCGACGUUGCUGUUAGAGAAUAUUCACUUUACGAUCUACCUUACUUGAGUCAGCUGAAGCACUAUUUAUUAGACUAUUGCCUACAAAGACCAAAUUUGAUGAAAUACGUGCGUGAACAACUUGUCUUGGCUGCAGCACUGAUUACAAAGCGUAGUUUAUUUGAUAAUAGAUUUGAUGAUAGCGACACAAUCCUACUUCAUAUAACUGAGCUUAUCAGCAUGGAAGCUGAAAAUGCACGAAUUCUCGGUCUAGCAUUUGCCAAUGCCCUUAUGGACCAAUUCUCCAACACGAAAGCAACAACCAUCGGCCUUACCUGGGAACACCAUCACAAAUGCAAAUUGUUUUUUGAGACAAGCGUACUCUUACCGUUACUUCAACAGGUUCUUGGAAAGCUUCACGCUUUCAUUAGCCAAUGUCCAAAGUCAAUCGAUAUGGAUCCACCCGCUGAACUAGUAGAGAUGAUCGUAUUGAUUGAAAAAAUUCUGCAUUGGGAAUUUGUAUUGGAUUCUAAGCCUGUAUUAGCAGGAACAUUUUCUAAAGAAAACGAUUUGGAUGACUUUGAUAAAGAGGAUGGACCAUCCUCCGUCAAACAGAGCUACGUGAUUUAUCCAAAGCGAUGGCAACCUGUGAUCGGAAACAGCGAGGUCCUUUGGCUGUUCUUUAUGACCUAUUCUACUGUAAAGGACGAUGAUGUGUUAGGUCAUCGAUGCAGACAAUGCUUGAUUCAGCUUUCCGGGUUCAAACCAGAUUUUUUUGACAAUGACACACACAUGAUUAGAACUUAUGCCGAAACGAUGAUUCAUGGUGUUCGCAAGAUGCUGAGCGACAUCACUGUGUUUGGUACCACACCUGAUGCUUUAAGCGAACAAGGACCACAGAUGCUUGGUACUAUUCAAAUUAUUAGACGCCUGGUCGAGAAUACGUCCAUGGCUAUUCUUUGUUCUAUACCUGGCUUCUUUCAAUUCUUAAAUGAAGUGGGUCAUAUCACUGUCAGUUGUCUUGGAGCUACAAUUGUAGAAGUCGAUGAAGGCUGGAUAAGUGAAGCCUGUGAUGAAUGUCUUCAGACAUGGGUCAAAGUAUCUGAUAGUAGUAUCUGGGAUGGCAUGACACCAGACCAAAAACAACACCUUGUUCAAUACUUGACCCAUGUCUCUUAUCAGAUAGUAGACACAUAUAUCAACACACGACUAGAGCAUGCCAAAGCUGUUCUUGAAGAUGAAGAGGAGGAAGAUGAGAUUGAUGCUGGGUUUAAGGAUUGGGACACAUUUGGAGAUCAGUUGACCUGCAUUGGAACACUUGCUCGUAUAAAUCCUCAGCCAUGUAUUGCGCGUCUUCAUCAACUAUUUUAUGAACGAUAUGAUAAGUUUCGAGCAUUCUUUACGAAUCAUGCCGAUAAUGUUCAAGAGCUUCUUCUUAUUCAUGAACAAAUACACUGGAUUAUUUUAAUCGCAGCACAUGUUCUUGCAGAUGCUGGAAAAGGCGAACAGCCGAUGAUACCAGAGAGUAUCAUGCAGCUCUCAGGAACGCAAAGUGUUGACCAGGAUGUAACUGUUCGCUUAUCAGAAGCCUUUAUUGAACUAUUUAGAUUUACAUCUAACUUUGAUUCCAAUACUGUUGAAGCUUCUAAUUGCAGUCCUCGUGUUGCAGAAACAUUGGUAUGGUACUUGGAGAGAUGGUGCAAAUCUUAUUUGUUGAUAGAUGAAAACGAAUAUAGCUACAUUAGUCCAAAUAUUGCCAAGGCCUUUGGUAGACCUGGUCCUUCUGAUGGGAAAGGACUGCAAGUGAUAGACUUUUUUAUCGAAGGCAUGAGGAGCAGCUUUGUUUUAUGGAACGCAGAUCCUGAUGUACUCAAACAGCUUAUUCAAUGGCUCAAUACUUGUGGAGCAUCUACAAACAUGAAACGAGGGCUUUUGCAGUCUGCCCGUUUCCCUAGUUUAGUAGAGUUUCUUGCAAAGAAUUUGCAAAAAUUGCCAGAAGUUAUUCACAGUUCACUCAUACAAACCCUUGCUACUAUCUCAAGUGGAGCUACUGAUGAGACAAUGAAAAGUAAUUAUUUUGGCAUGAUGUUUAGUAUGAUUGAGGAGCGUCUAAGCGCUGUCCUUCAUGACCCCAGAUUCCAUAGCAACUACCAAAACGGUGAAGUGAUCAACAAUGUGAUUAAUGCAUUAGAAAUGUUUGAUGGUUUAGCACUUGCUUGUCAAUACAACAACACAGAGAUUAUAUUCAGCUUUUGUGCGCGAUUCUUUGAUAGUUUCAUACAGCUAAUGAACAUUUAUAAGAGUGUACCAGAGGUACAGCUGACUAUCCUUCAUUUGUUUUCACAUCUUGCUGGUCGAUUAGAUUUUGGAUAUCUUACGCCUGAAAACAAGCAAACAUUAUUUGCAGCUAUAAACCAGGUUAUUCAAUCCUUUGGAGCUGCUAAUCAAGGCAAGAAGAGAAUGCAUACACAAGAAGAAGAAGAAGAUCAGCCGUAUGAAGAUAUAUCGACUACAUUGGCCAUGCUCUCCAAUGUGAUGGCGUCUGGUAUAGAAGACUUUAGUAGGAAAGAACAAGGGUUAGAUAAUGAUAGAGGAGUGGCAGAUGUUGUCUUGUUUGGUAUAAAUAUUGUGAUCCCCAUGGUUGAUUUAGAAAUGCUCAAGAUUCCUUCCUUAUGCCGCCAAUAUGUGCAAUUGAUUUCGCAUUUAAUAGAAUUAUUCCCGGAUAAACUGUCUGGUUUACCACCUGCAUUAUUCAACAACUUGAUGGGUAGCUUACAGUUUGGCAUUCAGCAUGAUAUACCAGAAAUCAACAUCCUAACCCUUCGAGCUGUCACACCUUUGACUGUAUGGGCCAUGCAUCAACAAAUGAAUGGAACCAACAUUGAGUUCCUGAAACCCUCAUUGCAAAAGUUCUUGGAGACAUUGAUGCAUAAUUUAUUGUUUGAGCAUUUGGAUACCAGCGUCCUUGAAUCAUCUGCAGAUGCAUUACUAGUGUUGAUGUGUGUCCAAAGAGAUGUGUACAUGAUGCUUGCUCAUCAAGUUAUCUCACAACAAGCAACGGAGUAUCAGACACGUCUAUUAGAGGCAUUUGGAACAUUAGAUAUGGCCAUACCUAAGCAGCAACUACCAAACAAGAGCUCAACUGAAUUUUUAGAGGCACUACUUUCCUUUUUGAUGGAUGUGCGUGCUGUAUUGAGAGUGAAAUAGAGAAUUAUGAUGUAUAUUUUAUUUAGCUUAGUAUUGAUUUCUUUAUUUGUUGUGUGUGUGACCCAUUCUGUUUACCUAAAAUAAAUCUCGUUGUUAAUACAAAAAAGGUUAGACAAGUAGUGCAAGAUGAGGGGCUUUUUUUUGUUUACUUGCUGCAGAAAAUGUCCGUCUUUAUAAAAAUAAAACUAAGUCACUAUGGCAAGAGUUGUCAUAAUAUGC